CAUAGCUUCGUAUCCGACUGGAAAAAUAUACUUUUUGUUCUGUAAUAUGUGUGUAUAUGUAUACAUGUCUAAAUUAUUAUUAUAUAGUACAGUUUCUCACUAAAACUGUCUAUAUCCAUGCCUAACAAAUUUCAGUCUUGAAGUACACACAGCCUGACAAAGACACAGACAUAAAUGUAAUUCUCAUUUUUUAUAAUUGUAAUGUUCGGUUACAAAACAUAUUUUUUUGCUGACUGACCAUAUACAGUCUAUGUGACUGACUGACACAUGAAAUGACGUAUGCGCCGCCUUCUUGUUAGAAACUACAAUCCCAUCAUGCCUUGCAACUUUGGCAGAAUUUCUUGUCGACGUGGGAAGGGAGGGAUUCGGACACAAACAAAUGUCCGUAGAUUCAAUAUUGGGCUACAUUACAGCCAACUGUGACAUGUCAGACAGAUUUUACAGACGAUUAAAUGACCUGUGAAACAUGUGGCUCAAACCUGAAGAGAUUUUGCUGAAAAACGCUUUCAAAUUAUGGGUCACCGAGAAGGAUAACGAGUACUUCAUUCUGCAACGGAGGCGAGGGUAUGGAGAAGGUGGCGGAGGGUUGACAGGGCUCCUUGUGGGCACAUUGGACACUGUGUUGGACUCGACAUCCAAAGUUGCCCCCUAUCGCAUUCUGCAUCACACACCAGACUCACAGAUCUAUUGGUCGAUAGCGUGUGGUGUGACCAAAGAGGAGAUCUUUCAGCACUGGGAGUGGCUACAGCAGAACAUCAUGAGGACACUCUCGGUUUUUGACUCAAGUGAAGAUAUCACCAGCUUUGUGCAGGGCAAGAUUAGAGGUCUGAUUGCUGAGGAAGGCAAAUCGUCUCUGGUUCUUGAGGAUGAUCCGGAGAAGUUCCGAGAGGCUCUUCUGAGGUUUGAGAAGUGGUUUGAGCUGCCUCCAGAGGAGAAGCUGGUAACUUAUUACUCAUGCAGCUACUGGAAAGGCAAAGUGCCAUGCCAGGGCUGGCUCUACCUCAGCACCAACUUCUUUUGCUUCUAUUCAUACCUGCUGGGAGCAGAGGUGAAGUUGGUCAUCUCCUGGGAUGAGAUAUGGAGGCUGGAGAAAACUUCAAAUGUCAUUCUGACUGAAAGUAUCCAUGUUUUGGCUCAUGGCGAGGAUCAUUACUUCUCAAUGUUGCUACACCUCAAUGAGACAUUUGUAAUCAUGGAACAACUGGCAGAUUACUCUAUUAAGCGUCUUUUUGACAAAGAGGCUUUCCAAAAGGAGCCAAUGCUUCGUGACCCCCUGCAAAUCACAAAGAGAGGUCUAGAAGCUCAUGCAAAGAGUGAACAGUUUCGGACAUUUUUUAGGCUUCCUAAAGAAGAGAAUUUAUUAGAAGUCCAUGAAAGCUUUCUCUGGGUGCCCUUCAGCCAUUUUAACACACUUGGCAAGAUAUGUCUUUCUGAAAACUACCUUUGUUUUGCCAGUCAGGAUGGAAGCCAGUGUCAUGUCAUCAUCCCAAUGCGUGAGGUUGUUAAUGUUGAGAAGCCAGACUCUGGCAGCAGGGCUUUGACCGUGUGUGUACGCGGGAAGAGGGCACUGCGUUUCUCUGAAGUGCGCGACUACCAGCGUCUCGCCAACUCCAUACGCAGCAGAUGUGGGAUUAGUGCCAGUCCUCUGCACUCUGCCUCAUCUGAGGCCAUCCGAGGGGAAUGUCAGUCACUCAUCAAUCACUUUGAGGAUAACCCGGAGGAUGUGACCCUGAUGGUCGGGCAGAAAGGCAGCUCCAAGGCCGUGAGCACCGAGGCCCUCAUGACAGUGUUUCACCCACAAGACAUGGAAAACCUUGACCCCAAAAUGCUUAAAGAGAAGAUGAAGGAACAAUCUUGGAACAUACAUUUCUCUGAAUACGGACGUGGUACAAGUAUGUUUUUCACAAAGAAGACUCGAGAUCUGAUUGUGCGUGGCGUCCCUGAAGCUCUGAGAGGAGAGCUGUGGAUGCUUUUCUCAGGAGCUGUGAAUGACAUGGCCACUCACCCAGGCUAUUACACUGAGCUGGUGGAGCAGUCUUUGGGCACCAGCACACUGGCCACAGAUGAGAUUGAGAGAGACCUGCACCGCUCUCUGCCCGAGCACCCCGCUUUUCAGAGUGACACUGGGAUCUCAGCUCUGCGCAGAGUCCUCACUGCUUAUGCCUACAGGAACCCCAAAAUUGGCUAUUGCCAGGCCAUGAACAUUCUCACUUCAGUGCUGCUUCUUUAUGCAAAAGAAGAAGAGGCUUUCUGGCUUUUAGUGGCUGUUUGUGAAAGGAUGCUGCCAGAUUAUUUCAACCGCAGAAUUAUUGGUGCAUUGGUUGACCAAGCAGUGUUUGAAGACCUGAUUCGCGAGAACCUGCCGCAGCUGGUGGAGCACAUGACCGACCUGAGCUUCUUCUCUUCAGUGUCCCUAUCCUGGUUCCUCACUCUCUUCAUCAGCGUUCUGCCCAUUGAGAGUGCGGUCAAUGUGGUCGACUGCUUCUUCUACGACGGCAUCAAAGCGAUUCUGCAGCUUGGGUUGGCUGUGCUCGACUACAACAUGGACGCCCUGAUCAGCUGCCAUGAUGACGCAGAGGCUGUCACUAUUCUCAAUAGAUUUUUUGAUAGUGUGACAAACAAGGACAGUCCAUUGCCUCCAACCGUUCAGCAGGCUUCAUUGGGGACCAAUGACAAAUCAUCUCAUUUUGGUGUGGAUAUCAGCGAACUGAUACGAGAAGCAUACGAGAAAUAUGGACAUUUACGCUCUGAAGAAGUUGAAAGCUCUCGGAAAAGAAAUAAACUUUACGUCAUACAGACAUUAGAGGACACAACCAAGCAGAAUGUUAUUCGGGUGGUAUCACAAGACGUCAGAUUUACUGCCUCUCAGCUUGAUGAACUUUAUUAUUUAUUCAAAAGGCAGCAUUUCCUGAGCUGUUACUGGACGAUGAACAGUCCAGCCCUACUCCACCAUGAUCCAAGCUUGGCCUAUCUGGAGCAGUAUCAGCUGGGCUUUCAGCAGUUCAGCACGCUCUUCUUCCUGCUGGAGCCAUGGGCUUUUUGCCCAGUCAAAAGCACUCUGUCCCUGUGGGUCUUCCGCCUCAUUGACGAGAACCAGGACGGCCUCGUAAACUUUAAAGAGUUCUGCUGUGCCCUUGAUACAUUGUAUGGGGGAUCCUUCACAAACAAGCUGAAGUUUCUUUUCAAGCUACAUCUCCCUCCAGCUUACACAGGAAGCCCUUUGCACGCACAGAAACAAAGAAUGCACUUCUCUCUCUCUGAAGACUCUCCUCAUAAGAAUAUACACACUGCUUUUGAACUUCCUGAAGAUGGUGUGAUCAAGAAAAGUCCUGAAAGAGGCCGAGGGAAAGUGGACCUGCAGGCUUAUUUGAAACAAUGGCAAAAUGAAAUACUCAAGAAAGAAGAAACAAUUAAAGAUCUGCCAAGGAUCAACCAGGCUCAAUUCAUCCAGUUCUCCAAGACGCUGUACAACAUUUUCCACGGCGACCCAGAGGAGGAGUCCUUGUAUCGCGCUGUAGCCCAUGUAACCAGUCUCCUGUUAAGGAUGGAAGAGGUCGGACGUAAACUGCAGGAGCCCACCAGCCCCUCACCCUCCUCCAAAGUUGCCCCCACCUCCACAGAGGCGUCUCCUGCUGAUGAUACCACCAUCUCCCCUGACAGCACAGACACUAGCAGCUCCCAGACCAGCCAGGACACACCAGGCUCUGAGCCAUCUGAAGUGGAGUGGUCUUUUUCAUUUGAGCAGGUCAUAGCAUCACUGUUAAAUGAGCCCGCUAUUGUCAGCUUCUUCGAAAGACAUGUGGACAUUCACACAAAACUGGGACAAGCCAAAGCUGCUCAGCUAAAGCUCAAGAUACAAAAGUGACAGCUGCAUGAAUUUACUUUAUGGUUUCUUGAGGCAGAUUGUUGUUGAAGUGGUUUGAAUAUUUUAAAGGGGACGUGUAAUAUCCAAAUGUGGGAUGCACUUUGUAAGUGUGGCAGUUGAGUUUGGAUCAGCUGGACUGCAUUGCUGUGGUGAUGUGAGGUUUUAAGACAUUACAUAUAUCAUUCACUGACCAACUGUGCAUUUCCACUGUCAUUGCUGAUAAUUUUGGCUCUUUACUUUUUAUUUUUGCACAACAUUUCGGAUGCAUUUAUAAUCCUGCUAAUAAGUUUCUAUUUCUUCAAGCAGGCUCUAUAUCAAAAUAAGAGUAUAGUUUUGUAUUGUGUAAUGGACAUACUUUGUCUGUAUAUAAACACACAAGAAAAUAAUUCCCUUAGUCUCUCUAAGGAUGUCCUUGUUCAUUUGUUCUUUGAUUGUGGCUACUGUAAACAUAGUGUACAUGCUAACAUGUCCUGUGACAAUGUUUUGGCUGUGCUAUAAGACCAGCUAUUCAUUCAGACUAAAGCAUAAACAGAGCGGAAACUUGCCACUGAUAUAUAUUUUAGAAAUAUUAUAUAUAUAAUUAUAUCAAAUGACUGAUACUCUGCAAGUAUAAGAGAAGGCAAAAAGCACUGAUUUUGGUAUGACAUUUGCAAUAACAUAUAGGGGAGAAUGCCAUACUGCCACAUUUGUUAGAGUCUUUAAAAUUGUAAAAUGCUAACAUGUAUCUAUAUAUGUGCUUUCUAUUGUUGUUAGCAGAGUUCAAUUUAUCAAUGUGCGUUAUAUUAGCUUUCUGAUGUAAUCGGUUAAGUGCUGUUUGCUUUUGUCUGUCAUAUAUGAAAUACUCUAGUGACAGUACUGUAUUGUACACGUGUCUUAAAGGCCAGUUUAGUAGAUAUAUGUAGAUGUUAAGGUUUAAAUAUACACUUCUAUAAUUAUCAUAAUAAUUUGGAGUAAUUAUUAUUAAGUUGACAUAGUUCAUACAACUUGAAUGACAUGCUUAUUGAAAUCUCAGGGUAUGAUUUGUGAAAAAUAAAAGGUUAAAGGGAUAUUUUUGGACCUAGAACCUAUCUGGUAGAUAUCUGACUUUAACAUGGCAAGCGUUUAGUCAGUAACCCUAAUAGAAAAUGUGUAGCAUAAUAAAUGUCACCUUGCCUUUAUAGAACUGCUUGCUUCUUAAUGCCAAACUGAUUUAGUGUUUGAAUUCAUCUUCCUCUUUAUUUCUGCAUUUUGCUUCUGUGGCAGUAAAUACUUAAGGUGCCUCCUGAAAAGAGGCAUUUCAGUGAGAGAAGUCCUACCCAGGGCACCUGCAGUUAAUAUUCUUUAGGGGCCAAAUACAUAUUUAUAGAGUACUGUAUUUCUACUUAAGAAGCUUGUGUACUGCAAGUACAUCUUUUUCUAUUGUUUAAUGCUGAUGUAUUCCCUUCCGUUACUUUUAUUGUGCUAAUGCAUUCUAGAUUUUGUUUUGAUUUGAGGCAUACACACACAAAAAACAAUACUAAUGUUUUCUGCCCAAAAUAAUAUAAAAUAGAAGUAUAUAUAUAUAUAUAUAUAUAUAUAUAUAUAUACAUAUAUAUACAUAUAUAUAUAUACAUAUAUAUAUAUCUUUGCUGUCAUAUAUCAAUCCAAAGCUACAUCUGAGACAUAAACUAAGCCAUAAGGACAAAACGCUGCAGCAUUUCAACAAAGAGAACCUCAUCCACUGUUUUAUCGCAUACAGUAUAAAGUAUGCACUAUAUCAUGAUGUGUAUCUAUAUAACUAAUCCAAUAAGACUGUUACUCACUAGACAUACUUCAAGUUCUGUCAUAACUUGUCAUAUCAUUCUUGAAGACUAUAUUGUAUGUUUUAUUUUAGUUGGCGCAUGUUAUUCUUAUUGUUUUGAUGUAAUCUUUUUGUUUCAAAUAUGUUCCAAAGUUAAAUAAUAGUUCUGCUGUUCAAUUUCCAAACAGUGCUUCAUUUUGGACAUAUUUAGACAGUUUGUUCUUCAACUUAAAGGUUUUUAAUUUUACUUUAUCCUAUUUAUGAAAGGAAAGGACAGAUUAAACGACAUUGAAGAGGUGCAGGAAAAGAGUGUUGGAAAUCCUCCUGGCAUGCAGUCAGUUUUGCCAUUAAGCAUGAGUGCGUACUGUGGGCAUGGACAAUGUUCUGGUGGUGCAUUAGUGUAUUAUUAAUCAAUUCUUUUAUGUGCAAUUUUGACUACAGCUUUCACAGUCUGUAGAUUCAGAGUGAAAUCUUAGUUGUCAAUUUUCUUCUUGUGUGCCUGACUCUUUAUUUUUUUUCUGUAAAUGUAUCAAAAUAAAACAUUUAUGGAUCA